AUGGUGUUACUUCGAGUAAAACGUGGCGAUGAAAAUCAAUUUUUAUAUGAAACACCUAUUAAUACGCCGGUUGAUACGGCUUUAGCUGAAAUAGUGUCAAUAUUUAACGGUCGACUGAAAAUUAGUCGUAUUUGUGCAGAGAUGGAAGAAUUAGCCAAGCAUGGUGUUAUGUUUCCGCCAGAAAUUUUAGGUUUGAAUGAGGAUCAGGUGCGAGACUUCAAACUGGUUGACCCAUGGGCGGACAAAUGCAUUCCUAGUGGUGGAUAUAUCGAAAAUAAAGAUCCCAUGGGGCGCAGAAAUGGUCGUCAGCCUCACAAGCACUUACAAGACAUGAUCAGCAAGACCAUCGAAGACGUUAAAGCAAUGACCAGCCGAAAAUUAGUCGAUCAAAAUGAACAAGUUACAAUCAAAACAAUACAUGAAGCUAUUAAAUUACUGAAAGGUGCUAUAACCAUUGUGUAUCCUAUGAAUUUGCCGCCACAUGAUCCUAUAAGAUUGGAAUUUGAAAAUAUUGAGGACUUGACUGGCACCCAGGCUUCUCUGGAUGUUUUGGAUCCUGCUACUGCUCAAUUAUGGUUUUCUGGCAAAGAAAUGGUUCGCGGUUUCGGAAAACUAAUUUCAGAAUAUGCGGGUCGCAAUGAUAAGUGCAAGUUAGUUGUAAAACUGCAGAAGAAAGGUGAAGGUCCACCAGGCCGUGAACCUGUUAUGACGGAGACUGAACGCAAGAAUUUGAUGGUAUAUGCUUAUCGAAAACAGGAGGAAGCUAAGAAACUUGAGCAAAACGAUGACGACGAGUAUCUCAACGCCUCCUGGGCCGAUAGCAGCUCUCUGAAGAGGCAGUUCCAUGGACUCAAGAAUAUUUCCUGGCGCCCUAAGUAG